CGGCGGCCGGGGACGCGCAGGGCGUGUGAGCGAGCGCAACAAGGUAGCGAGACGCGGAAGUGAGCCGGACCUGUUGCUCGAUGCCGCCGGCCGUCGGGAAAAGUGAGUGAAGGUCGCGGAGGGGAAGCGAGGAAGCCGCUGGCUACAGGUGCUGUACUUCCACUCGGUGUGCGGCGUUUCAGCAGUAUUCCAACUUAAAACGCCCAACACAAAUCAAGUUCGCCGGCUGCCAGUUGACUUUAUCGUAACCUGGUUUGUAGGGGAAGUAAACCAUCAUGAAGAAGAAACGUUCUAAGAUGUCUGACGAAGACGGCAGUCUUUGCUGUUGUGAAUACAUUAACCGCCAUGGACAGAAAACUCACAUACUGGCCAGUUGUUGUGACUGUGAGGAUCUGGAUGAAGCCUGUGACAGGUAUUUGAAAGGUAAAUCCGUCAGUUCCCAGAAUAUUAAACAAAUAUCAGACACAGUUUCUGAUCGCCUGCGGAUCCCAUGGUUGUUGGGCACUGGUGCCAAGAAGAUUGAUAUCACAAUUUUGCCGCCUCUUGUUUUCCUCCCAAUCUUCCUUCAUGUUGCAGCUCUUCACUUCUUCUUGGCACUCAUCAUUCUGACGGCCUUACCAAUAUUGGUGCUCUGGUACUAUUACGUCACUCACCAGAAGAAGGGGCACACACUGUUUUUUCUAAGUCUUGGUCUCUUUUCCCUGGGUUACAUGUACUAUUUGUUUCUGACUGAAGUUAUGCCUAGAGGAGACAUAAGCUCUGUGCAUAUGAUUGUGAUCACGAGUGGUUUGGCCCUGACACUAACCAGUUUAUCACAGACCAAGAAGGACCCAGGCUACCUCCGAACAGAUCAUGGAAGCGUUCCGAUCAAAAAGUUUCAGAGAAAUGACAUUUCAUUGCACAACGUGAAUGGCACAAGCCAAAUUCAGCCUGUAGGCCAGGACACAUCCUCAAAGAUGAAUCUUUCUGUUCCUAAUGGCAAGUUGCAAAUGGAUCAAACUGAAUUCAGAAAGAACUGGUGCACAGUGUGCAAGAUUUUAAAACCACCUCGUUCAGGACACUGCCGAAUUUGUGCAUCCUGCGUUCAAAGACUGGAUCAUCACUGUGUUUGGAUUAACAGUUGUGUAGGUCAAGGCAAUCACCGUGCAUUUAUUCUGACCCUGUUUCUUUUCCUCCUCACUUCUCUGUAUGGAAUUAGUCUGACACUGACCACUAUAUGCAGAGGACAAAGCAUUUUCACAGCUCUGUUCUAUUGCCCUGGAGUCUACAAAGAGCACAGUACUGCACUGUCAUUCACCUGUGUCUGGUAUUGCACAAUAGUCACUGCUGGAAUGGGUUACCUUUUCCUCAUCCAACUCAUCAACAUCAGUUACAACAUCACUGAGCGAGAAGCACGCUUUGCUUUGAGAGACAAAACUGGAGUCAAAUAUCUCUGUGGGCUAAUCAUAAAAACUGAUGAGUACAACCGAGGGCUCAUUAACAACUGGAAAGAAUUCCUUCAACUUCAGUCUAAUCAUCUAAAGCCAAGAUAUGAAGAUUUAGUGUAAAUGUUUCUGUUAUUUUAAUUGUUGUUGAGUCAUAAACGUUUAUGACCCAAUAUGUGCCUGAUACUUUAUUUCUAGAUCUACCUGAAUGAAACAGUAGCCUUCAAAACAAAUUAGUUGUAAAUGUGUCAAAAAUAAUGUCCCACACUGAAGAUAUUAGAACAUUUUCCUUGGUGCAUUGCAGUGGGGAGCUUGGUUUCAACGUGUAGGAUAUUGCUUAUCCACAAAUCCUUUUUUUGUAACAAUAAAAUCACAGUCAAUGUAUCUUUUACUGCCUGUGUAUGUGUGUGUAUUAAAAACAAACUAUUUUCUUUUAA